CUUCUUUCUCUCUCCUGGCAAUCUUUCUCUCUCUAAAAUCUUACGGUAGAGAGAGAAGGGUUACGUUGACUUUUUUUGUUUAAGGAAAGAGAGAGAAGAAACUGAAAAUGGGUGCUUGCGCUAGUGCACCAAAGGGCAUGAAGGAGGAUGAAGCCACCGCCGUGGCACCACCACCGGAGCAGCCAAAGGAGGUAACUCCAGCAACCGAGGUGGCGGCAGUGGCCGACGCCGCUAAGGAGGAAGGCGGCGAUGAUAAGAAGGAAGAGAAGAAGGUGGUAGAGGAAAGUGAUCAGUCUCUUGGGACAUUGCUUGUUGAGGGUGAAUCAGCAAAAGAGAGCAAGAGCGAAGAAUCGAAGGCUGAGGUACUUCCGGCGGCCUCUGAACCAGCUGCCGCCAAGGUGGAGGAGAAAUCCGCCGCCGCCAAUGAAGUAGAACCACCAAAACCAGCGGUGGCUGCCGCCUAGAAGAAACCAUAUAAUAGAGUGGUGUGGAAGUGGAACAAAAUUCAUUUAAUUAUGCUUUUGAUAAAUGUUUGUAUUGUUUUUGUUGUCACUUAAUUCAAUCAAAUUAAAUCCUUAUGUUUUUUUAUCUUGUAGAAUUUUUAAGUCUCUUUCUUGUUUGAUUACAUCCACACUAUUCAAUUUAUAUUAUAUACCU